AGCAAUUGUCCGUUUCUUUGUUGAUGCGGUGAGCCGAUCGGGGAUGGGAGGAACAAUGGCGAAUGUCAUGCUACUGCAGACAACACUUGCCAAGACAACUUUCAAUCGGUGCUCUCCUCUGCUAAACAAGCACGUAGUGCACUGUGGGAGGGUACCGAGUAGAGUCACCAUUCGGCAAGGAAGAGUGCAAUUAUCUGUUAGCUGCAAUGCGCAUGGACAGAAGCACAAAGGGGGUUUUAUCGCAAGAGCUUCCUCUUUCGGGCAAUCUGCAUCAGAGUUUUCAACUGGCCCGAAAGAAGAGGGCGCAGAGAUCCCCCUCCCUGAUCUUGGUGGAGGUGGCAGAAAUGCUGGCAAUGGACCCCGCGGCGGAGGUGGGGGUGGUGGAGGCGAUGGAGACGGCUCUGAAAGUGGCAAUGCCGAUUUGGACGCCUCACUGCAGGCCUCUGGCAAAUCACUGAGUGACAUACCAGCAGAUCUGGCAGCAGCAGUGGCCGCUGGCAAAGUGAGCGUGGAGAUCCUCCAAAGAUACCUGAAGUUUUCAGAAGGGCUGUUGGCGCCCCUGAUGAGAAACGGGGGUUUCCGAGAACGCCUCCUGGCAGAUCCUAGCUUCCUGGUGAAGGUCGGCAUAGAGGUCGGCAUUGGCAUCUUCACCAAGUCCAGCGCAGAGUACGCCAAGCGCGGAGAGAACUUCAGCCAGGAGCUCGACUUUGUGCUGGCCAAUGUCAUCAUGGCACUUGUUGCCGACUUCAUGCUGGUCUGGCUGCCUGCUCCUACUCUGUCCUUCAAGUCCAAGUCCGCGGUCCAGAAGAGUGGCAUCCUGGGGUUCCUGGCCAGCUGCCCUGAGAAUGCCUUCCAGAGAGUCCAGCCGGGCUACACCCCCUUCACCGUCGGCCAGCGCGCCGGCGCCGUCGUCCGGAACGGCAGCAAGCUGCUGGCUGUCGGGUUUGGAGCCUCGUUGUUUGGAGUCAGCAUCACCAACCUGCUCAUUGCCGUGCGCCAGCAGCUGGACCCCACCUGGGUGCCCCUGAACUCACCCCAGAAUGUGCUGGCGAUGAGCGCGGCGUACAGCAGCUACAUGGCUGUGUCGUCCAACCUGCGGUACCAGGUCAUUGCUGGCAUUGUGGAGGAGCGCGGCAUUGAGGCGGUCUUCGCAUCAAACCCGGCCCUGUGCUCUGCUCUGUCCUUCAUCGUGCGCACAUCAAACACCUUCCUGGGGUCCCUGAUGUGGGUGGACUACCUGCGCCUGCUGGGGCUUCAAUGAAAAUCAAGUAGCGGUGGACCGCUUCUGAUUCUACUUUUUUUAACGCCACUGGGGUGUCGGUGAUUGGUUUGUUUCAUCAUGAAACCUUCAUGGCAUGUGCAAGUUUGUCAGUGUCCAGUUCGUGUUCUCAAGAGCCGGUGCCUGAGACCUUCGAUGUACAUGUGCCUAGUAUUCUUUAUAUGCUGCAUCUUACCUAUUGGUAAGAGUAUUUCAGUUGUGAAUGUUUGCAGGCAAUCUUGUUGCGCAAUAGUCCAGUAGAAUUAUCAUGCCAGUGUUACAGUAAUGCCUCUGGCUGUAAAGAUGAAGCUUCUACAAUAGCUGACAUCAUACGUGACAGUGAUGUGUAAAUUUUUACUUU